CAUGGGUCGACACCGGGAACAACCCAAAAGUUUUCGUGCGACUGCGGGUCUCGCAGAAUCACCGUAGCUAACGCAAGAAGAUGGCCCCUGUUGCCAUAGGUCAGCGCCUUGUUGCCUGUAUGCUCAACAUCUCAGAGGCUCGGAGCAGGGACGUCGUGGAGAAAGUGGCGCGGGCGGCUGUCUUUGACGGCAGAGGAGGCCAGCGAGAGGGGACCACCGUUCUCAAUAUCUUCAACGACCACGACUACAACCGCUCUGUCAUCACCAUCACUGCCAGCAUCGACCGCAUCAGGGAGGCUGUGCUGUCGGCAUGCGAGCAGGCCUGUCAGCUGAUUGACAUGCGGAACCAUGUGGGGGCCCACCCCUGCAUGGGAGCUGUGGAUCUGGUGCCCAUGUACCCUCUGGGAGAGGAUGUGGGGCUAGAGGAUUGUGGGAAGGAGGCAAGAGCGCUGGCCGCUGCCCUGACUGAGCGGAUUCCUGGCACCAGUGCCUUCCACUUUGGGUUUGCCGAUUUACCCCAGAACCGUGGCCUGGCCCAGAGGCGCAAGGAGAUGGGCUGGUUCCUGAAGGACCCCAAAAUGGAGGCCAUCAAGCCAGAUGUGGGGGAGAAGCUCGAUAGGAGAUACGGACUCACAGGCGUAGGCGCCAGCCCAUAUGUGAUGAACUGCAAUGUGACAAUCGACACUCAGGACCUGGGCACGGGCCGGCGGGUUGCCCAGGCACUGCGGGAGUCCAGCCCGGGCGGGCUCCCAGGGGUGCAGGUGCUUGCCCUGCCACAUGAGGGCGCCAUGGAGAUCGCUUGCAACGUGGAGAGUGUGCUGGGGGCCCCGCCUGAGGAGGACUGGCCCACCUUCAGCAUCCGGGGGCAGCCGUACUGCCACGCUCCCGCUGUCCUCAUCUCUACCCGGGUGGCUCAGCUGGCCGAGGAGCAUGGCGUAGGCACAAAGGGAACUGCCCUCGUGGGGUUCACCCCCCAGGAGUGCAGGGGUCUGGCAGAGUGGGCGCUAGCGCAGGGUAUCGCCGAAUUCUGGAGGGAACAACACAAGGUCCGCAUGUGAAAGGGGAGGACGUUCUUUGCUUAAUUGCAGAACGACGUUAACACCAUCUUGUAAUCUAAAAUGGUGCUCAUUCAGUGCUGAACAGUAGUCCAUGUCUUACCAGUGUGCUUGCUUGUACAUACUUGCAGUUAAACUAGGGUAAAAAAACAAAGCCAUAUUCACUGCAGUGUUGAAUACUUUGUCUGAGUCGAAGGAACUAAAUCUGGCUUUGACGUGGCUUUGAUACCACAGUGAAUGUGUGCAACGCAAUGGUUUGACAUUUAAAGCCAUAUUCGAUCCAAUAAAAAUGCAAGUAUGUUUGAGGAUUCUGGGGAUAGGGCGACUUCCUUAUCAGUGUUGUAAUGACCAGUUGACUUUAAUGUGCUGUGAUCAGGUUCUGUGGCCCCUUCAGUGUUUCCAUUACAGUAUUCUCUUGAGCUGGGAAGUAUGACUACGAGCUUGAUGUUGAGAAUAUUCCUUGGUUACUGUGUCUUACACUGUGUCAAGUGUGUAGAUACAAUGCAUCUUAGUAGAUUAUAUACAGUUCAGUGCUGGGAAUAAUGCCCUACAGGAAGUUACUGUGGAAAUAGUGCAUUCCUGUUAUCUUGAUAACAUG